AUGUCGAGGAAGGCGGCUCUGGUCAUGGGCUCGUCAGUCACGCCAGGUGCAUUUCCGCAGAUCCAAGGAGGAGCGCUUGAAUCUGAGGAUAAUCUCGUCCAUGCCCGCGGGAAUGACCUGCUGGCGGAAGUCAUCAAGAGUGUCGUACCCAAAGAGGGCACCGCCGGUAAUAGCCAUGGCCAAGAGGACACCGGCGUCGUUGUAGAACAGAUUUUGAUGCUCCUUUGCCGCGGCCUCGAAGCUGAAAUAGUCAGUACCGUUAGCACGUGGGUAAAGAGCAAAGCAAAAGAGGACUGUCACAAUGGAUUUGCAUACGUGACAAUAUCAGGAUCACGGUUGGGACAGUCGCGUCGAGAUCGUGCGCCACCUGUUCCCUCCCUCUCGCAGUCUGAAUCGGAAGCCGCCAGCUUGAUCGACGUCGACUCGCCGCACGUCAGCUCCGUCAAGUCGGAUUUCCAAGAACAAGCUAUCAAGACGGAAACCCAGGCCGAACGAAUCGAGCACGAACUGGAGGACAAGGCUCGUGCAGCGAGGCAGGAAUUCUCAGAAGAUGCCGCAAGUGCCAAGAAGAAGGCUGCUACCAAGGCCAAGCAAUUCAAGGACGAGAUGAAGAAGGACGGACAAAAGUUGAGCGAAAACAGAGACAACCCGGUUGUCGUUGGGAAUGCCAUUAUCUGGGGCAUUGCUACUCUUGCGAUUGGCUAUGGUGCCUACCAAAAGCACACUGAGGGCAAAUUGGACUGGCAGCUUGCUGGGUCCGUCGCCGCUGGGAUUGGCGCUUUCGCGGUUGCAGAUUAUUUUGGCAGCAAGUGGCUUCUCGAGAACAAGUACCCGCCAAAAUAG